AUGUUUAAAACAGCUAAGGGCUUCUUGAAAGAGGACUUGUUGUUUGUAGCAGAAGAAAUUGGAGAGACACUGCCUGAUAAGGUAAAAAUUUCUGAACUGAAAGAUAUUAUUUUGAAUAGCAAAGAGUAUUUGGAUGAUCCAGACUUUGUGACAAAUAUUUUAGUAACGGCCGUGAGCCAACGAAAACUAAAAGAAGAACAAAAACAAAAGCAAACAGAAUUUGAAAAAGCGGAAAGAUUAAAACAGCUAGAAUACGAAGAAAGUGGAAAAAUAAGAGAACACGAACUGGAAUUGGCGAGAAUCAGAGCAACGUUGCCAAUUACAGGUGAGUCUCAAAAUACUGUUAUAUCUGGUGCUAAAAAGAAAUUUAAUCUGCCAAAAUUAGAAUUUAGACAGUUUAAUGGCGAUAUUAAAGAUUGGCUACAAUUCUGGAGCCAGUUUCAACACAUUCAUAACGAUGAUGAAAUCGCGCCUGAGAACAAAUUUCAAUAUCUUGUGCAAGCUACUGUAAAUGGAUCACGAGCCCGAGAAGUAGUAGAAAGCUUCCCGGCAACAGCAGCCAAUUAUGCCAAAGCAGUUGAAAGUUUAAAAGCACGAUUUGGGAGAGAUGAACUAUUAGUAGAAGUUUAUGUUCGGGAAUUAUUAAAGCUGAUAAUCUCAGUUCAGAAACAUGAGAAAAUAUCGAUGACAUCUCUCUAUGAUAAACUCGAAUCUUAUUUGAGAGCCUUAGAGACUUUAGGAGUGACUACUGAUAAAUGUGCUUCAAUUCUUUAUCCCAUGGUGGAGUCUUGUUUUCAAGAGGACUUUUUGAAAGCAUGGAAUAGAAGUGCUUCUUCAGCAGUCUCAACUGAUGCUAAAGACCGUUUAACCAACUUGAUGACUUUUCUUAAAGCAGAAACGGAGGGCGAAGAAAGAAUUAAUUUGGCUAUGGCUGGUUUUGGCUUGGGUGCAGAUGAAAAUCGCCAAUCAUUUAAGAAAAAAGUAAGAGAUUUUCCAAUGAAAAAAGUACCUACAGCUGCCAAUUUAUUUACUACAGCUUCAAAAGAAGUGAAGAAAGAAUGUGUUUUCUGUACUGGGAAACACUCGAGCCCAGACUGUUUUCAAGCUCAGAAGAUGAGUUUGGCUGAAAGGUAUAAUAUUUUAAGAGAGAAGCAAUGUUGUUUUGCUUGCUUAACACCAAAGCAUACAUCUCGUUCCUGUAAGGCAUUUUUAAGAUGUGUAAUAUGUGGGAAAAAGCAUGUCCCACUUAUGUGUGAGUCUCUAGAGGCUAAGAAUCAAGAUUCAUUCAAGAGUGAGAAUAAGAGUCCAAAUGUUGAAGUUAAUAUGGCCAACAACACUUCUAGUCCCAGGGUGUUCCUCCAAACGUUGAAAUUAAAAAUGGUGUGUGGUAACAAAGAAAUCCCAGUUAGGGCAAUUCUAGAUUCUGGGUCACAAAAGACUUAUGUAUUAAAGAAUGUUGUUGAGAAAAUGGGAUAUAUCCCACUCAGAAAGGAAAUUCUGAUGCACUCAUUGUUUGGGGGCAUUAAAUCUGACAAGUGCGAACAUAAUUGCUAUAGGAUAAAACUGAGAAAUCAAGACAACAGUGUUACAUGCAACCUGGAAGCAUUAGACCAGCCAUCUAUAUGUGACAAAAUUUCAUCAGUCAUUCCAGGUUCAUGGAUUACAGAGCUCCGUGAGAUGAAGAUCAGGCUAUCAGAUGUAGGGGAGGAGCCACAAUCUGUUCAAGUGCUUCUUGGUUCAGAUGUGAUAGGGAAGCUCAUGACUGGCCAGCGUAGAGUUCUAUCCUGUGGGCUUGUUGCCAUGGAGACACUACUUGGCUGGACUCUGUCAGGUAAAGUUCCUGAGAAUGAGAUGUCAUCAUGCAAUGCUAUGCUGGUGGCCUCCCUAUUUGUGAAAGAGAUGGAUAUCUCCCAAUUAUGGAGAUUAGAUUCCUUGGGGAUCCAAGAUCCUUCAGAACAAAAAACCAAAGAGGAGCUUCAUAAAGCGUCGAUGGAGCACUUCUUAAGAACUGUCAAGGUCGAUGAAGAAGAGCGAUUCCUUGUCUCCCUACCUUGGCUUGACGGUCAUUUGCCUCUUCCAGACAACUUCAAUUUGGCACUCAAAGGGUUGCAAGUGACAACCCAUAAGCUGAAGAAGGAAAACUUAUUUCAAGAAUACGGUGAUGUCUUUAAAGAAUGGGAACGAGAAGGCAUAAUUGAAGAAGUUCCCCAAGAGGAAAUAAAGUCUGCUUGUCACUAUCUGCCCCAUCGACAUGUGGUGAAGCCGAACAGCACUACGAAAAUUAGGCCCGUCUUUAACGCUUCAUCAAAACAAAAGGGAGCGGUCAGCCUCAAUGACUGUUUGGAAAAGGGAUUAAACUUGAUUGAAUUGAUCCCUUCCAUGUUAACAAGGUUUCGACUGUAUAGGUUUGGCAUUUCGGCUGAUAUACGGAAGGCCUUCUUACAAAUAAGUCUAUAUAAGGAGGAUCGAAAUUUCCUGCGAUUUUUGUGGCACAGUGAAGAAGGAGAACUCAUACAUUACCGACAUUGCCGAGUGGUGUUUGGUGUUUCCAGCAGCCCUUUCUUGCUUGGGUCAACAAUCCAAUACCACUUGGAGAGAAAGUUGGAAGAAGCGCAGCAAGGCCGUGGAAGAUACCCUGAGUGCAUUAUUCAAAAGUUGAUGAACAGCUUUUACGUGGACAAUUGUUUAGCAAGCGUCAAAACCCACUCGGAGCUAGAACGAUUUAUUGAUGUAGCCACGGAGAUCAUGGCUGAAAGAAAAUUCGACUUACGAGGGUGGGAGCACUCUAGCCCAUCUGAUCCAAUAACAAGUCCUACAAUCAUCCUGGGAACGAUUUGGGACAGACAUUGUGAUACUCUUUCAAUAAAUAUUCCGGAUUUGAGAGAACUAAUGGAAGAGGUUAUCACGAAAAGAAAUAUUCUUGCUGCUUCCCACAAAGUGUUUGAUCCCUUGGGGAUUACUAGUCCAGUGUUGCUACUACCAAAACUCUGGCUACAAAAUUUGUGGAAAUCUAAAAUCGGUUGGGAUGAAGAAGUAGAACACGUCAAGAUUUUCUGA